CUCAAGAUAAAGUUCCUAUUAAUACGGCAAGAUUUUGUGAAUUACGAGCUAUAUAUAGGGUAGGAGAGAAAAUUGCAAAUACUAUUGUUGAAGAUCGUGAUAAUAAUAAGAGGAAAUAUAUUGGCGAUAAUGAUUUAUGCAAACGGAUAAAGAAAUUUCCAC